UCAGUAGCUAGUGGUGUAACUGCAAGUAGUUAGCUCGCUACAGCAAUGGCGGCUUCGUUGGGACUGAACCCUGAAUCUCUCUUCAGCUCCGCCUACGCCUACUCCUCCUCCUCCCCCUUCCUUGCCAAUCACUACGCGCCGCCCGCCGGCGACGGUGACAUCUGCGCCCAGUCGUUCAACCUCCACGACGAUCACCAGCAGCACUACCCCCGUUUCGAUGAUCAGUUCGAAAAUUCACCGCCAACGGCGCCACCACCUAUCACCUUCACCGGCGCCGGGGAAGACGAACAUCGCAGCAGCGAGAAAACCAUGGAGGAGAGGAUGAGCGCAGGGAGGAUCGGGUUCAGGACGAGGUCGGAGGCUGUGGAGAUCCUGGACGACGGGUUCAAGUGGAGGAAGUACGGGAAGAAGGCGGUGAAGAACAGCGCGAACCCGAGGAACUACUACCGGUGCUCGUCGGAGGGCUGUGGUGUAAAGAAGCGCGUUCAGAGGGACCAAGAAGACCCCCGCUACGUCGUCACCACCUACGACGGCGUCCACAACCACGCGACCCCUGGCGCCGCCGUGGCGGAGUAUUACUGCUACAGUCCGGCGCGCGGCAGCUCCGGCUCGCCGCCGGCAGCCUAUUCCGCCGCUGGCCCACUGUACUUCUGAUUUUGGGACAUGCUUGCUGGUUAAUUCCGUUCUGCUCCUCUCGUACAGUAGAAUCUAGCUAGAAAGCUCUGAACUUUUGGUUCGAGUUCCUGAUCUUGUAUACAUAAACAUGUACUGUACUAAUUAAUUUGCAGCCAGAGUGCUAAUUUGAUCCGAUAUUAUCAAGCAUGAACACGGGGGGAGGUCUUUGAAAUUCAA